UCUCUCUCAGCUUAUAACGUGGAGCUACGCUUGCACUUGCGAGGAGAAACAGGUCGCCCGGCAAAGGGAAGAAGAAAGCCAUGGACACCACCAAGCUUGCGGUGCUCCUCCUUGCUCUCGUCUGCAGCACCCUCUCCGCUGCCACCUCACCAUGCAAUCCCGAGACCCCCAAGCCGAAGACACCCACGCCAUACUUCCCUCCCAAGACGGCGCCUCCCAACCCAUUCUGCCCGUGGGACACCCUCAAGCUGGGCGCCUGCUUGGACUUCAUCGGCGACGUCGGCCUGCUCGUCGGGGCCGCACCCUCCCGUGGCAAGUGCUGCGCCCUCCUCGAGGGCCUGACGGACGCCGAAGCCGCGCUGUGCCUCUGCACCACCAUCAAGGAGAGCGUGCUCGGCGUCACCACCAAGUGGACGGUGGCGCUCAGCAUCGUGGUUAGCUCCUGCAAGAAGCAGAUCCCGGACGGGUUCAAGUGUGUGUAGGCAUCUCGUUGUUGCCUUUGGACUGCUCUCGACAAAGCUUCGUUCAUGAUGUCUGUGCGUGCGUCUUCUUUUGUGGGUAGUUAUGUCUCAGCCUUGUUCUUGUGAUCACUGCAACCAUCCGCUCUCCUUGUUCUUGCCACUGGAAUCAUCUCCUCUAUUUAUGUCUUA